GACAGAGGUGAGUGUGACUGAGUCGUGACCGAGUUGCGAAUUGAGGAAGAAAGAAGCGGAACAAUGGAGGGUUCAGGACCAGGAUCGGGAUCAGGAACAGCAACAGGUUGUUACAAGUGCGGCAGACCAGGUCACUGGUCCCGUGAUUGCCCUUCCUCCGCUCCCAAUUCCAAUCCCAACCCUAACCCUAACACCACCACCACUCCCAAUCCUCUCCUUCCUUCUUCCUCCUCCUUCAAACCCAGAUCCGCCGUCGAGAAACCCAAAAAACUCCCCCGACAAAGGCCCAAACUCACCCCCGAGCUUCUCCUCUCCGACGACGGCCUCGGUUACGUCCUCCGCUAUUUCCCUCAAGCCUUCAAAUACCAUGGCCGCGGCCACGAGGUUCGUGAUUUGGGGAACCUGCUUCAGCUUUAUUCCGAUUGGCACUCUCGCUUGCUCCCUUAUUUCCCUUUCAAUCAAUUUAUUCACAAAGUCGAGAAAGUCGCUGCUACCAGACGCGUCAAGACUUGCCUUAGAGAAUUGAGAGAAAGAGUUGCAAAUGGUGGGGAUCCAACAAAAUUGCAUGAACAAUAUGUUGCUCAGGACAUUCCAGCUGAUGAACAAGCUGUAGGCACAGAAGACGGAGAACCCAGUCAUCAAGAGAGAGAUGUGUUUGCAGAAUCUGAAAAUGUUAAUGACAUUCAAGAAGACAUGCUUAAUGAUGUAUAUGAUAAAGCUACUGAAGAACCUUCUCAGUCCACACUCAAUGUUAUUGGCGCUAGUGCACCUUCCAAAAGUAGCGUCAUUGAAAAAACAUCAAAUGAAGUUACAAAUAAUGUAGCCAGCACGUCAGGAAAAGAUGAGAUAACAGAAGAGCAGAGAGCUCGUAUGGAAGCAAAUAGGUUGAAGGCACUAGAAAGGCGUGCGGCUCGAGCUGCCUUGUCACAGGCCUCCUAAUCUCAAUGUCAAAUGUCAAUUGUAAAUUAGAACAUUAUUGUGGUCUCCUACUAGGCGUUCAAUUGACGUUAAGUCCCAAGAAGAGUUGGUUUUUUUAUGGUAAUGUUUUACAUGAUGUGAUCAUGUUAGUUGAUUAGCUUCUUCUUUAUCACAAGCAGAUUCUAAAAUCACUUUUCUAUAUUUUUCCUGA